CCGUCAACGAUCACACUCCCUUGUACAAAUGCUUUAUCUUUUCAAGUCUCAAGCGCAGCUCCACUAUUCCUGUGUGUGUAAAGCACAAUGACAAUAUGUGUGUAUGUGUGCGUCCUCAAACAGGAGCGCUCAGUGUCUGUAACGUCUCCGGCCAAAGCAGUUGUGUUACUUUAUUCGCUGUAAUAUUAUUUGCCAAAUACCGUCAACAUGGAAGGUCCGAGUCCGAGUAAGCGGAGAAAAAUUGGUGAUGAGGCCCGUGAAAUGAUAGCAAAAGUCUACCAUUUCCUCAAAGAAGAAUAUGAAUUCACGGACCUUCACAAAGAACCAAAUGCUGACAUAACACAUUUGCGUAAUAUUACGCAGCGCACUGCAGAAGCGACGGGAGUAUGUGAAAGAACAGUAUAUAAAAUAUUACAAGAGGAAAGAGAAAAAUUAAGAGAAAAGUUUGCUGCAGCGGGAACCAGUCAAAGCACACAACAAAAGUCAUUUAAAGAAGACAAAUCAGAAGAAAGUGACGUUGCUGCCAGGGUGAAUGAAGGUACUGAGCCCAAAAUACCAGAAGUCAGAAACGUAGUGGCUACAACUAGUAAAGAAAUGCCAGACGGAACAAAUGUCGCUAGCAGGAGUACUGAACGAAUCUUAGUAAUAAAAAAGGAUAUAUCAGAGGAACUAAGCGUUGCGACUGAAGCCAAUAAAAUAGCAGCACAAAGAGCAAUAAAAGAAGAAAGAGACCUAACAGAAGAAAGUUAUGUUCCAAAAAAAGAAAUAGAUACAAAAGAAGAAAGAUCAUCAGAAGACAGAGGUUUGCCUCCAUUAACAGAAGAACUAGAUAUAAAACAAGAAAGAAGCACAUCAGAAGAAAGUGAUCUCCCUUCAUUAACAAAAGAAAUAGAUAUAAAACAAGAAAGAAGCUCAUCAGAAGAAAGCGAUUUCCCUUCAUUAACAGAAGAAGGAGAUAUAAAAGAAGAAAGAGACUUAUCAGAAGACAGAGAUCUUCCUACAUUAACGGAAGAUGUAAAAGAAGAAACAGCCACAUCAGAAGAAAGAGAUCUUCCUACAUUAACAGAAGAAGUAAAAGAAGAAACAGGCACAUCAGAAGAAAGAAGUACUACUUCAGAAGAAAGAAUUACGUCAGAAGACAGUAAUACAUCAGAAGGAAGAGAAACAUCAGAAGAAAGUAGGUCAUCAUCAGAAGGAAGUAAGUCAUCAUCAGAAGAAAGUAAUGUCAAUGCCAAUGGGGAAAGUACAAGAAUAAGUCUAAAUGGGAUAAAAGAUGAAGAUACGAGAGAAGAAAGUAGUGACAUUAGAAGAAGGAGAUUUCGUGACUGGAGUUAGUAAAUAAAGAAGUAUGAAGUGACGAAGAAACUGACUCGUAUGAGUCUUCUGAUUAGCGUUCCGUAUGCGUUACAAAAUAAAAUGAAGGUUUCUUAAAGAACUAUGCAAAUGGUGUAUUAUACUCAAAGAAAGAGUAUGUCUGUCACGUCUGUUAUUGUAAUCUAUAAACAAAGUUCUAGAUUUUCGAAAAUUUUGCAUUGGCAUUUCUUAUUAUACUAAAACUAUAUUUAAUAUAAACCACGCACUACAUUUUACGUCGUCAUGCUUUCUUCAUGUCGCUAUGAAUCGAGUCUACAAUGUUUCUUUACUGAGAUAGUUAAUCACUUUUUAACUAUUUUUCUCAUGCCUACGAAUUUCAAUCAAAUCUAAAUAUCUUAAGCGAAAUAUCUAGACUAUCUAGACGCGGUAGACAUAAUCUUUCUGCAAAGAUUCUACGCCAUUUGCAUAGUUCUUUAAAAAAACAGCAUUGAGUAAUGCAAUGUUAUAAUUAUUGAAUCCUAUUUUUUAUACAAUUUAAUUUAAUUUAAAUACAAAUUCAUUGUUGUUUUUAAUUAAAAAUAUUUUUUUUUUUAAAUA